GGGUACCUGAAAUUUCAAACUGUUCUAUGCUUUGGCCGUAGGGUUUUGUUUUUUCUUCAUCAUCCAUCCUGUUUUUUUAUCCUUUAUUUUAUGGUUCAAACAUGUAUUCCUCUAGAGGAAAUGGUGCCUACGGUCAGCAACCUUAUGGCUUGCAAUCUGGCUAUGCUCAAAACCUGGGAUCUGCAUAUUCUGCAAGUUCAGUUGGAGGGCCUAAUGGAGGCUCUCAACAUUCAUUGGCUUCUAGGCAUUCCUCAAUGUUAAGUGCCUCUCAAGAAACAGAUGUUGGUGGAUUACGAAGCUCGGCAUCACAUUUUGGAGGUCAAUAUGGAGCUAUCCAUGGCUCAGCUUCCAUGACUGGUGCUCAGCAGGUGCCCACAAUGAGUGCUAAAGGGACUGGACCAUCAGCUUUGGAAGUUCGUGGUGGCUAUCCCUCAGGUCUAUCUGAUUCUCCAAAAUUUUCUUCUGGUGACUAUGUUCCAUCAUCUAGUCUUGGAUAUGGUCACAAAAGUGAUCAAUUAUACACAGAGAAGAUUCAUGAUUAUCCAGUGAUCGACAGACGUCAAUAUGGUGAACGACAGAGUGCUUAUAUUGGGAGGGACAUGCAAACUGAUCCAGCUGCACGAUAUGCCGAUUCUGUUGGUUUUAGUCAUCAACAUCAGGCUGGGAUGUAUGAACGUAUUGAUCAGGCAUCAAUGCUUCAACAAGAACAGUUACUGAAAUCUCAGUCAUGGCAAUCUGCAUCUCUUGAUGGAAAGGCCAGACAAAUUGAAUAUCUUGCAGCAAGAGGUGCUGCUAGCCGUCAUCCCACUCAAGAUCUUGUGUCUUAUGGAGGAAAAAUGGAUAUUGAUCCUAGCAGUUCAUCAAUGCUUAGUGGUGCUUCAUAUGGUGGGCAACAUGCUCUAUCAAUAUUAGGGGCAGCUCCGCGGAGGAAUGCGGAUGAUCUCCUGUAUCGUCAGAGUUCAUCAAAUCCAGGCUAUGGAGUUAGCCUGCCUCCUGGUAGGGAUUAUGGCACAGGAAAAGGGCUUCAUGGGGCAUCUGUUGAUGCAGAUUAUCAUGGAGGUCAUUUGAGGAUUGAUGAGCGUAGGGACGAUAAAGCUGGUUAUCUUCGGGAGUUUGAGCUAAGAGAGGAGGACCGUCGUCGAGAACUUUUGCGUGAGAGGGAGAAAGAAAGAGAAAGGGAAAAGGAACGGGAGCGGGAACGGGAACGGGAACGGGAACGGGAACGAGAACGAGAACGAGAACGAGAAAGAAAGCGUGAAAGGGAACGCAUUUUGGAGCGACGUGAGAAGGAGAGGGAGCGAGAGCGGAAACGUGCAAUUGAAAUUAGACGCGAACGAACUCCACCAAGAGUCUCAAGAGAGAGACAUGGGUCCUCUUUGACAAAGGAGGGGAGAUCUUUGCGACGAGAUUCCCCAAGCCAUGAAGCUUCAAAUAGGCGUCAUUCACCUGUUAAAGAAAAAAGAAGAGAAUAUGUCUGCAAGAUUUCUGCUUCCAUUUUGGUUGAUGUAGAGAGGGAUUAUAUGUCAAUAGAUAAGAGAUAUCCCAGACUGUUUAUAUCUCCUGAACUUUCAAAGGUUGUCAUUAACUGGCCAAAGGAGAAUCUUAAACUUUCUAUCCAUACGCCUGUCAGUUUUGAGCAUGAUUUUAUCGAAGAUGAGGGUAUAGUCAACUCAAAAGAGCCCCCAUCAACUAAGCUUUUGGCUCAACAACUUGAAAAAUCAGAGCAUGGGCGCACAAUAUGGAAUGCAAAGAUAAUUUUGAUGAGUGGGCUCAGUAAAAAUGCUCUGGAAGAGCUUUCUUCUGAGAAAAGCUAUGAUGAUCGUCUACCACAUAUUUGCAAUAUUCUUAGGUUUGCUGUGCUGAAAAGGGAUCGCUCUUUCAUGGCACUUGGUGGUCCAUGGGAUACUGCUGAUGGUGGUGACCCCUCUGUUGAUGAUUAUGUUCUAGUUCAAACAGCCCUCAGACAUGCAAGGGAUGCAACGCAAAUUGAUUUGCAGAACUGCCAUAACUGGAAUCGUUUUCUGGAGAUACACUAUGAUAGAUUUGGGAAGGAUGGAUUUUUCAGCCAUAGAGAGAUCACUGUUCUGUUUGUUCCAGAUUUAUCUGAUUGCUUGCCUUCGUUUGAUGCAUGGCGAGACCAGUGGCUUGCUCAUAAGAAGGCUGUUGCUGAGAGAGAGCGUCAGCUCUCUUUAAAAAAACAGAGGUCUAUGGAGAAGAAGGAAGGACAGAAAGAUAAAGGAACAGAUUCUUCAAAAGAGUCUAAAAGGGCAGACAAAUCAGAAAAAACCAAAGGAUCUGCAUCCGCUGGUGUCAACAAUAUGGAGAAAGAUAGGAAACGUAAAGCGAAUGCACAAAAGGGCGAUGACAAUGACAAGAACCUUGAGAAGAAGAAUGGGAUUGAAACAGGGGAGGAAGUCAAGAAUGUUGAGACGAAAGAAAAGGGAGAUACUACAGGUGCUCAGACAACUGACAGUGUGAAGACUGGAAAAAAGAAGAUUAUAAGGAGGAUUGUCAAACAGAGGGUUGCUAAUAAGAAAACAGAUGCUGAGAAUAGUAUAAGCAAGCAAAAUGAGUCGUUCGAUGCUAAGGAUGCUGGAGAGAGCAAUGAAAGAUCUGAGAUCUCUGUCGAGCAGAAUGAAUCUUCUGCCGAUCCUUCUGGAGUUAAAACUUUUGUGAGGAAGAAAGUUAUAAAGAAGGUUCCAGCAGGGAAAGCUACUCAAAAUGAAGAUAAGAGUAUGCAACCUGAGGUUAAAGCUGAGAAGGAAGUGGACAACACUGAAGACAAACCAAAGGAUAAUUCACAAAGCGGCAGUGAUGCAGUUUUGCAAGGUACUAGUGUUAAAACUGCCAUAAAGAAGAAAAUAAUUAAAAGAGUACUUAAAAGAAAGCUCACAGGUGUGGGGACGGGUGAUAGGGCCAGCAAGACUAAGAAGGAUGACAAGAUAGUAGCUCAGGCAGGUAAUGAAACAGAAAAUAUGGAGAAAGAAAGAACAGAUACAGAAAGCCAGAUGAAUGAGAUGCAAAAUUCGGAAAAGAAAAUAAUUCCCAAGUCAAAAUCACCUACUGUGGAGAAGGAAGCUAGUGUGCCCAAUUCAAUUAAAACAGAAAUCAAAGCUGUCAAGGAGGAUAAGAAGAAUGACAAGGAAAUUGAUGGGAAAAGUGCCUCUGGGGCUAAAAUUGAGGGCAAGGAUGACAAGCAAAAAAUAGCUCAGAGGGAUAAUCAUGAUGGCAAGUAUAAAGGAAAGGAUGAUGAAAAAUCAAAGGAUGAAAAGAAGAAAAAGGAUGGAAAAGACGAGUCUAGGAGUAAAUCCAAUAAGGAUGCAAAAGAAAAGAGAAUGCCCGAAGAACCUCCUAGACAUCCUGGAUUGAUUCUGCAAACAAAAGGGGAAAAAGAAACUAAACUGCGGUCAUUGUCACUUUCACUUGACUCGCUUUUGGACUACAUUGAUAAUGAUAUUGAGGAAUCAACAUUUGAGCUCUCAUUAUUUGCUGAAUCAUUUUAUGAAAUGCUUCAGUAUCAGAUGGGCUCCCGUAUUUUGGCGUUUCUGCAGAAACUACGCAUAAAAUUUGUAACAAAAAGAAAUCAACGGAAGAGGCUGUGGGAGGAAAUGGAAGAGAAGGAAAAGGAGAGGAAAUCAUCAACUAAACGACAGAAGACUAAUGAACAGCCUGUGAACACCAAAUCGGCUGAAUCUGAAUUGUUGGGCACAGAUCAAUCUGAGGAUCAAAGAACUAAGAAAAAGGAAGAUACUUCUGUUGAUAAGGGUAAUGAAGCAAAGUUGGAAGAUGAAACUGAUUAUGAAGAAGACCCAGAAGAAGAUCCUGAAGAAUGUGAAGAAAUGGAGGAUGCUGGAGAUGACUUGUCUGAUGAGAAGGAUGAAGAAGAGGGAAGGAUGAGUCUGGAUGCUGUCCAUGAACCAGUGACUGGCAAUGGGAAAGAAAAAGCAGCGAAAGAUGCCAAGGAGACAAAAUGUGAAGAGGCAAAGGUCAAGUCUGAUGUUGAUUUGUCAGAAACGAGAGAUUUGAAGGUGGAGACUGGGAAUAAAGAGCCAUCUGCUGUAAAGGAUGCUGUGGUUGAUAAGGAACUAUUGCAGGCUUUCAGGUUUUUUGAUCGUAAUCGAACUGGCUAUGUUAGGGUUGCAGACAUGAGGUUGAUUAUCCAUAACUUGGGGAAAUUUCUUUCCCGCAGGGAUGUGAAGGAACUCGUGCAAAGUGCACUGUUAGAGAGCAACACUGGGAGGGACGACCACAUUCUUUAUGGCAAACUGGUGAGAAUGGCCCUAGAUUGAGACAUGGAGCCUGGUUUGUUUUUGCUUUUACUAGUUUGGCAUUUGGUUUUUGUGGGUGGUGUUACUUUUUAUCAAGUUUUGAUUCGUCAGAAAUCUUUACUGGUGAAAAGGAUGGUGCUGUUACAUAUUUUGCAGAACAUUGAUAAUGAGAAAAUGUAAAUUGUUGUGAGCAAUAUUAAUAGAAACUUUGGGCGAUAGUCCCCCUGUGCUUA